UUGUCCCUUCUACACCUCUCAGCUUGAGCUUCCUGCGCAUUUCUGCAACCGCCAACUUUAGGACCUGCUUGCAAGGAGGCUAGCUUCCAUUACGUCUUAGCCCGCAAUUGAGUAACACUACGCAGCAUGGCGCAGGACGGUCUCCUUGACCAGCGGAAAAAGCGAUUCCUUACCCCUAAAGCCUUUUGUGCCAUAUUCUUAGGCGCAAGCCUUUCUGCAGUCUUCUAUGCGACACUGCAUUACAUCCAUGCCGAAGGCGUAUCACAUCCGGCGUUGCUUAUGUUGCUCCCACCCGCGGCGAUAACAUGGCUGGUCAUGAUGAUACCCAUCUUCAUGUUUAUAGCGUACCAGGAUGACUUCAAGCAGCUCAAUCCGCUCAUCCCAACGCACUACAUCCUCAUUGCCAAGCGCUGUUUCAAGGCCAUGAAAGACAACGAUUUCAAGGUGUCUGAAAAGAAUCUAUGACGUCCGCUGAGACCCAGUUACAGGGCCGGGCUUGGACCGCAUCUGAUAGCUGCAGUGGCAGGCACAUACAUUGUACGACAGAUUCAUGGCCUUGUUUUACGGUGAUCGGUACUGGCGGGUGUCAGGGAUGGUCGUUGUACGAAGGCCGGGGCAGUGUGCUGUUGGCUCUGUCAUAGGUGCUUAGCUCUAAAACCAGGGGUUAUACUGCCAGCGCCAAAAUGGCAGGGAGUUCAACACGGUUGAGGUGGAGACGUGUGGUGCGGUAUCGUUGAUGUGGGUAGGCACAGUGGCAUUUGCGGUGGUGGUGGUAAAGAGGAAGACACUGACGAGCUGUAUGCCCGGUAUGGUGCAGUAACACUGUUACGUGUACCGCCCCAGCAGCCGCCCAUCACUGCCAUCACUUAGGGAACCACGCAUAGCAAGGGGUUGCAUACUCGCUUGUCAGGCCUUGAGUUGUGUGUGGUCAGUGGUUGCAGGAAUCUUCCCUUAAAAGGAAGCUUUAUUGUAUAUUGCUUACCCCCUGCAGCGCUGAAUGGUUGUUGCUCCCAGAAGAGCUUGUCAACUGGCCACAAUCAAUUUGGUCAAA